CUCCCACUCUGGUCAUGGUUGCAUCGAUCACGUAUUUACUCUUAGUCUGCUGUGGGAGCAGAGACACAUACAAAUAACCGAGCAUGGUGGUUUUCAUAAUGUAAAAGCCACGUUUGACUCUGCUGACGGCGCCAGCUAUCCAUGAAGGGCGUGCCAGCUAAACGCCUUUCUAUUAUGAAGUUUUAGUGGGAUUUUCGAGGCGGUGUAAGGGUAACGGGAGACUGUUUCUUGAGCUCCCAAAGACAAGUGAGGUUCGCUAGAGUUGUCCAUUAUCUUUACAACCGUGAUCGAAAUGAUCAUCUGAUCGACACUUUCAGACUCUACCGAAGUGGAAGUUCUACCAGGCGACCCAUGGACAAACAUGCAGCAUGCAGACGAUAUAGCUCUUAUUGGGUCUGAGGCAGUGACUUUGCAAGCACUACUGUAUAGACUGACGCGUAGCGCCGCACGCUUCGGCAUGUGCACUGCAACUUCAAAGUGCCAAGUACUAUUGCAAGAAUGGACCGGAACACCACCGGUUUUAAAUAUCCGCCAACAGCCACAGGAAGUGGUGGAUCGGUUUACUUACCCUGGUACCCUUGUCACCUCUGGUGGUCACAUCACUGAGGAAGUUACUUCGUGUACCAACAAGGCUCGUGUGGUUUUACAGGGGCCCAACCAUCUAUAAAGACGGCGGAAGAUCAGUCUGGCAGUGAAAAGUUGGGUGUACAACGCUGUGAUAAGGCCGGUCUUACUGUAUGGAUCGGACACUUGG